CCUAGGGGAGGUUGUCACACAGCGGGAUGGUGGGAGGAGGCGGACGCGAGGUUGGAAGAGGGCAAGUGGAGAUGGGAGAUCCCAAUGGCGGAAGGAAGGGGUAGGGAGGCGGACAGAAGGUCGUCCAAGGUGGACAGGAGGUCGGCGGGAGAAGAUGGCUGGAGGAGGCGGAUAGGAGGUGGCAAAGGCGGAGAGGAAACGGCGGGAGGAGAUAGUGGGAGGAGGCGGACGAGAGGUGACGGAGGCGGAGGAGAAGUGGAGGAGGCAGGACGGAAAGAGAGAAAGAAGAUGGCAGGAGGAGGUGAACAGGAGGUGGCAGAGGCGGAGAGGAGAUGGUGGGAGGAGAUGGCGGGAAGAGGCGGGCGGGAGGUUGCGAAGGCGGAGGAGAACUGGCGGAAGAGGGGAUUAAAGAGAGAGGAGAUGCCGAGAGGAGGUGGACGGGAGGUGGGCGGAGACGGAGGGGAGGUGGGCGGAGGUGGGCGAAUGUGGGCGAAGGUCGAACAGGAAGUGGCGGAGGCCGAGCGGAGGUGGGCGGAGGCCGAGCGGAGGCUUGUCGGGAAAUCCUUCCAAGUUUGAGAACGUACUUGUAAUGGUUAAAAUGGUUUGUUCCACAUAUAUGGUCUACACACCUGGUAGCAGAUGUGAUACCCUCUAAAUCCUUCAUGCUCCAAGACGUACCUAUAAUGGUUAAGAUUCUCCAUGUUUAUGGUCUACACACCCGGUAGCAGAUGUGAUACCGUCUAAGUCCUUCAUGGUCCACCAUGACGUACCUAUAAUGGUUAAAAUGGUUUGUGUAUACAUUCUACACAACCGGUAGCAGAUGUGAUAUCCUCUUCACCCAAAUAGACCAUACACUAUCGUACAGUCAUUUUCGC